AUGGCAGAGAUAUUGGGAGCUGUAUCUAGUAUUGCGACCCUGAUCGAACUGUCCUUCAAGGUCUCAAGAUAUCUUGUCAGUGUCAAAGAUGGUUCCAAAGACCGCGAUAGACUCCGGCAGGAACUUUCUAGUAUUGCAGGCCUGUUGUUCUUCAUGAAAGACCAGGCAACUCUGGCUCUGGCCGGAGAGGAUCCUGCCAUUUCAUCUACCCUUGAAGUGCUCAUGGGGCCACAGGGACCGAUUGCGCAAUUCCAGCAGUCGCUAGAUAUACUUGAGUCAAAGUUGGCUGGUGGAAAGAUUGGUAAAGCAAUCAUAUGGCCGUUUCGCAAAGAUGAAGUGAAGGACAUUCUUGCAAGGCUUGAGAGACAGAAAUCGCUUUUUGUUCUAGCGCAGCAAAACGAUCAAGUCCAUCUGUCCCAAGCGAUAAGGUCUGACAUCGCCAACCUGAAUCAGGUGACACUUCGUGUGGAUACGAAACUAUCUGAUCUUGCUCGAGACCAUACUCUCCUACAAGAGUCACACCGAACGCAGCAAGAUGCUCUGAGAAAACAGUCCGUCUUAGAUUGGCUGUCUCUCAUCAACUUCCGUAGCCAACAGAACGAUCUAUACUCAAAGUGUCAACCUGGUUCUGGUCAAUGGCUUUUAGAAUCCGAGGUCUUCAAGAAUUGGAUAAAUCGACACGGUGCCGUCCUCCAUGGGAAAGGCAUCCCAGGGGCAGGCAAAACCUUCCUCGCCUCAAAGGUCAUUCACCAUCUCGAAGCACAAACAAGUGCCCCCAAAGCUACAAUCGUGUACGUCUACUGUAACUACCAGGAAUCUCACAUCCAGACGCUGGAUAAUCUACUGGCUAGCAUUCUCGGACAAAUGGUGCAGCGAAUGACCAAUGUCCCUCCAGAACUCGAUGCGUUGUAUGGCACACACAUGAUCAACAAGACUAGACCUACCAAGGCUGAGCUUCAACCAAUAAUGCAAAGCAUCUGUGAACAAGGCAAAAGAACGUAUCUCGUCCUAGAUGCGCUUGAUGAAUAUCAAGAUUCCCGAACCAUUAUCACCAUGCUGGAUCAACUACAGCAAUACGGCUUCAAUUUGUUGAUUACCUCAAGGCCUAAUGUCUCUCUUGUGGAAUAUCUCAACGAUGUCGUGGUUGAGGAGAUACGUGCCAAUGACGAUGACGUUAGACUGUACUUGAAGGCUCGUUUACCUGCAUUGCAAUGCAUCAAGACCAGAUUGGAGAUUCAGACCGUGGUGGUCGACGAGAUUCUACGAGCAGCUGACGGAAUGUUUCUGCUUGUUCGUCUGCAUUUUGAUUCACUCCUCGACAGAGCUAGCCCAAAAGCCAUCAAAAUGGCCCUUCAAGAAAUUCCGAAGGGAACUACUGCUUUGACGUCAAUAUAUGACAGCGUGAUGGCCCGAAUUUAUGACCAGACACCUUACGCUCGCGAUCAGGCGAUUAAAGUUCUCUCAUGGUUAUUUUUCUCGGUGCGUGCACUAAGUGUUGAAGAGCUUUGCUAUGCGCUAGCAAUUGAGCCUGGCUCAGAUGCCUUUGAUCAUGACAACCUUUCGAACAUCGAAGAUCUGGUCGCCGUCUGCAAAGGUCUUGUAUCUGUUCAUCAAGAGAGUGAAAUGGUUCGGCUGUCGCACUACACUCUUCAAGAGUAUUUCUUGCAGACAGCUGCGCGAUAUCUACAAGACGGUGAACUGACCAUCGCCUCGUCAUGUUUGACUUGUUUGUCGUACAAGAACACAAGCUUCUAUACCAAAGGCGAAAAGUCCCCUGGCUCGGGUGGCUACAAGGACUCGAGUGACUUUACACUACAAAUAAGUGAUACCAAAAGCCAAAAGAAAGACAUCAUCAGCAAGUGCGAUGCCGAGCAAUGUCCAAGUUUACUACUAUUAGAGCCCCUGUUUCUCUAUGCUUCAAAAUACUGGGGGCAUCACGCUCUCCAUGUUCAAAACGAAGUUAAAGAACUAGCCUUACGGUUCCUGGCCCUAGGGCCUAAUGUGAGAACAGCAUAUAGUGUCAUGAAUGAAUACGAUUAUCCUACUCGUGAUGGACGACACACAUUGAUACAGGGCGCUCAUUUGUGUGCCUUUUUCGACCUAGAUAUAUUAUUCCCAGCGCUCUUGCACUUAUAUGGAAAUCCUGACGUACGAGAUCAUUGUGAUCGAACCCCAUUGAUUUGGGCUGUUAUGGGAGGAAGCCUUUCAGUCAUUCGUCUACUGAUGGAAUUGCCUGAAGUGGACUUCAAUUCCAGCAGCUCAGAGGAUUAUUAUUACUCCUCACAGAUUGCCUUUGACGGCAUUCGCCGAAAAGGGAAUUCCAGGCGCACAGAUUAUGAUAGGGCUUUCUUGAGUUCGGACGGCAGUAUAUCGCACACUAGCGCAGCUACACCGCUAAUGAUAGCAAUUUUCAUGGGCAAUCAUGAAGUUACAAAGAUUCUUCUGCAGCAUAAGGAUGUGGAUGUCAAUCUACAAGACAGCUUAAACAGGUCUCCGCUGGCAAUAGCGGCGGGUCAGGGAUUUACAGAUAUUGUCGAUUUAUUAUUAGGUCACCCGAAGAUUGAUGUGAACGCAAGAGAUGACAGCAAUCACACUGCACUGUCUUACGCAGUACGUGGAUGUCAUGGUCUUGUUCUUCAGUCACUUUUAGCAAGAAAGGACAUCAAGUUGGACUACAGCUACGAAGUGGACCACUCACUAUUACAGGAUGCUACCCGACGAGGUAGUUACGAAGUACUCGAUGCGCUGUUGACUAAGACAGAUAUCUUGUCAUAUACGCAGCCAGAGCACAAGCGGGACAUUCUAUCUUAUGCCGCCGAAGGUGGCUUUCCAACAAUGGUGAAGCAGGCUUUACUACAAGAAAAGGUUGAUAUAAAUGCUCAAGACGGCUGUGGAACCACCGCACUCAUGUAUGCAGCCGACGGAGGACACGAGGCUGUAGUAAAACAACUCCUGUCAAUGCAAGCCAUUCAAGUCAACCUCACAGACUGUCUCGGACGAACAGCAUUAGUGCUUGCCGCUGGAAAUGGACACGAUAAGAUAGUAAGCUUGCUGUUGAAAUCUGAAGAAAUUGAUCCGAACGCUGUCGACGACUUGGGCUGGAGACCUCUUAGCAUUGCAGCAGACGCCGGAUCUUUGUCAACCGUGAAUAUCCUUCUGUCUCAUCGUAGGAUCGAUUUGAAUCGGAAGGACGAUGGAGGCCAGGCACUGCUUCAUUGGGUGGCUGAAAACCGGACAGAUGUCCCAAUCGUACAGGCAUUCCUAGCAAGAGAAGAUAUUGAUGUAGAACUGCUUCGUGAUGAUGGGAAAACCCCACUCAUUUUAGCGGCAUGGUCAGACGAACGUUUAGCUACAGUGCAGCUUCUUGUCGCGCAUCCGGGCGUCAACCCUGUAGCCCGGGACAACUUCGGUUGGACAGCGUUGGACUACGCUCUGGUCUUGAAGCAAUUCGAGAACAUCAAAGUAUUUCUCUCUCUGGAAGCUUUCAAACCUCUAAUCCAAAAAUGGGUGAGGGAAGAUGGCUAUCUUUACACGGAAGACAUCGUUCCGAAAUUCGAGAAGCAGAGGUAUCAGAUCAUGAAAUUUACGGUCACAUUCGAUGAAUAUACCCUGUAUACAGGAAAUGAUUUAUAG